GGAAAAACCUGGUUCCCUUUAACAACAAUAAAAACUAAAACCUAGAACCCUGCAUUUAAAAGGAGGGAUUGUGCUUUUCUCUUUACAGAUAGCCGCCGCAGAACCCUAGCGAGUGCCGUCGAACGCUCCGUGACAAUGACAUUCAAGCGUAGGAAUGGAGGCCGCAACAAACACGGCCGUGGCCACGUCAAAUUCAUUCGAUGCUCCAAUUGCGGCAAAUGCUGCCCUAAGGACAAGGCAAUCAAGCGAUUUUUGGUGAGGAACAUUGUUGAACAGGCUGCAGUUAGAGAUGUUCAGGAGGCCUGUGUCUAUGAUCAAUACACUCUUCCAAAGCUGUAUGUGAAGAUGCAGUACUGUGUUUCCUGUGCUAUCCAUUCUCAUGUUGUUAGGGUUCGAUCUCGCACUGAUAGGAGGAAGCGUGAGCCUCCACAGCGUUUCAUCAGGCGCAGGGAUGAUGCACCAAGGCCCGGUCAGCCUGGUCAAGCCCCUCGUCCUGCUGGAGUAGGAGCACCGGCCCGUGCUUAAAUGAAAAUUCUAAGUUUUUAGGUUUUGUUGGUUCGGUUUUAUAUUACAAACUGAGAUUCCCUUUGCUGCUUAUUUUCUAAAUUUCAGUUUUUUGUAGGGAAAUUAUGUUCUCUUCUAAUUGUCUGCUCAAGUCCUUGAACAACUAUAUUUUCGAUUGUUAUAAUUUGUUGGUUUUGAUGAGAAUGCAACUUUGAUACAUUAUAAAUUUUAGCGUUUUGAAGUACUAAGUCGUAUCAAACUCAGUUUAUCCUCUCUGCACACCCCACCCUUCUGUAAAAAAAUAAAAAUUGUACGUCUUCCCAAUUAAGUUCGUCUGUAUGCGCUCGUUGUAAUUGGUCGUUUAACAUUAUUCGAUAUUUAUAUCUUUUAUAUACUCCAGAUGAUAAAAAAUACUAAUUUGAGAAUUAUUAGUUAGGAAAUGUAUGCUUACUAGGGGUUAAUGAUUAAAUGCAUUUGCAAUGUUUUAUU